GGAAGCGCGGCUGUGGCAGGGUCGCGGGCCGGGCGAGGCUGUGCACCGAGAGCGCUUCCGGGACGCGAUGCCAUGCGGCUGUCCGCGGUCGCGCUGCGCGCCGCCGGAGCCGCCUGGCGCGAGUGCUUCCCCCUGCAGGGCCGCGACGUGGCACGCUGGUUCCCGGGCCACAUGGCCAAGGGGCUGAAGAAGAUGCAGAGCAGUCUGAAACUGGUGGACUGUGUCAUCGAGGUCCAUGACGCCCGGAUCCCACUUUCAGGCCGCAACCCUCUGUUUCAGGAGACCCUUGGACUAAAGCCUCACUUGCUGGUCCUCAAUAAGAUGGACUUGGCAGACCUCACAGAGCAGCGGAAAAUUCAGCAGCACUUAGCAGGAGAAGGCCUAAAACAUGUCAUUUUUACAAACUGCAUAAAGGAUGAGAACAUCAAGCAGAUAAUCCCAAAGGUCAUAGAACUGGUUGGGAGCAGCUACCGCUACCACCGAUCAGAGAACCUGGACUACUGCAUCCUGGUGGUUGGUGUUCCCAACGUGGGCAAGUCCUCCCUCAUCAACUCCCUGAGGAGACAGCACCUCAGGACAGGAAAAGCUGCCAGGGUGGGUGGUGAGCCUGGGAUCACCAGAGCUGUGAUGUCCAGAGUCCAGGUGUGUGAACGGCCUCUGAUAUUCGUGAUGGACACCCCUGGGGUGCUAGCUCCUCGGAUUGGAAGUGUGGAGACGGGCCUGAAGCUGGCCCUGUGUGGAACCGUGCUGGACCACCUGGUCGGGGAGGAGACCAUGGCCGACUACCUGCUCUACACUCUUAACCGACACCAGCUGUUUGGGUACGUGCAGCACUAUGGCCUGGACGGCGCCUCUGACGACAUUGAGCAUGUGCUGAAGAGAGUGGCCUUGCGGCUGCGGAAGACCCGGAAGGUGAAAGUGCUUACAGGCACUGGGGAUGUGAAUGUCGUCCAGCCCAACUACUCUGCGGCAGCCCACGACUUCCUCCGGACCUUCCGCAGUGGGCUGUUUGGCCCAGUGAUGCUCGACUGUGAUGUUCUGCAGGACUGCCCCGCUGCCGACACAGACUCGGCGCCUGCUGCGUGGCAGAUGGCUUCCCGGACCUCAUGUGGACAGAGCGUUUGAGGCUUACGACUUCCCACUUUUUUCCAGAAGCAACCACGCUGGUCCCUUUGAUUCAGGGCCCCACUUUCCCACUCACUGUGGCCUGGCCAGCCCGAUGGAGCAGGCCUGCGUGACUGGCCUGGUGAGGCGGUUCCUGUUUAGUGUCUCUAGGGAGAGGCUAAUGCUGUCUCGAGGAGCUAAAACUGUAAUCUGUAAUGUUUAGAGUUCUGGAUGAAAAGA